AUGACGUUUGAAAACGGUAGUGGAUCAAUCAAACGCGCACAUCGAUAUGGACGGUCAGGACUAGGACGAGCAGUAUCAGCAGGAAGGCAGAAAGCGAUUACGAAGAACCAUCGUAAAAAUACACAUCAUGCUUAUAUAGUACCUCUUUCUAUACGCAAAUUUGAUACUCGACCAUCAUAUGAAGUAAAGGAAUACGAGGAUGAAAGUCAGUUUCAUGCACCCGACCAAAUGAAUAAAAAUAUAUUACAAUCGCGUAUAACGCAACACUCUUUAUUAGAUGAUACACCUGAUCCGAAAAGCAUGUGCCCAUGCGCUGCUUCCCUAAUCAAUGCAAAAGAUCAAGUCGAAUCAAUUGGAAAAAGCGUGGG